AUGGGCAAGGCCAUGCAAAAGCAGCUUGCAUGGAGCACCGACAUGGAUCUUGCCUUGCUUCGUGAGGCCAUCGCGUCGAGCCUGUCGACACUCUUCGAAUGCGAGAUCCCGUACCGUUCGGCGCGCGACCAUUACGAGUCCAUGGUAGAAGCGUUCAAGUCGACGGACAAGGCUCAAAGACUGUGGGGCACCGGCAGCGACGAGGAGGUCACUGAGCAAGUCCAGCUACUGCAAGACCUAGUUGACCGACGAGCGGCGACCGAUGAGGCCAAGAAGUCCAAGAAGGACAAGGAGCAGAAAAAGCGUGACUCUUUGGAAUCUACCGGCUCCCAAUUGUGCCUAGAGGCAGAGCAGCGGGUUGUCAAGCGUCAACGCUCCGUGAGCUCGGUGACCACCAAGAAAGAAGACCCAGAUGCGAAUGGAGCGUCUGGAGUUCGAAAAGGAGGAGCAGAAGCUCCGUUUGGCUCAAAUGGCCGAGAACACAAAGCGAAACGACCAACUUGA